UUCCCGAACAUUUCCCCCACUUCGAGCCUGCCUAGUUAUUAGACACUAACGCUAAAUUUCAGCUUUUGUGCAGAUUCUUCAGACAGAUUGAGAAGUAUGGAAGUGAAAACAUGCUUGACUUGGCUGGAAGAAAAGUCUCUGCAAAAUUAUUUUGGAGGAAAACAAUUUAGCCUUCUCUAUAAGGCUAGUGUCCAUGGAUUCUCCAAUUCUGCUUUAUUGCAAAGAUGCUCUACCCAAGGUCCAACUUUAACUGUGAUGUACAAUAAGUGUUUUGUUUUUGGAACAUACAUGGAACAGAGUUAUCAGGAAGAAAAGAGAGAUUUCAGCACAGUUUUUGUACUUCAAAAUGCUAAAAUUUCAGAAUGUAAAAUAGGACCAUAUGAACCGAUUGCCUUGCUCAAUGCUGACCCAGUUUUUGGAAUCCCUUAUUCAAACUUCUCUGUACAACUAAGUGAUAAAAAGGUGAUUCUGCAGAAGGAUAUAAAUAAAAAACUUGGAUUACUUGAAAAUUCUACUAUUUCCAUUGAGGAGUGUGAAGUCUUUCGAUGUGAAGAUUUAUUGGACCAAAGAAAGAUAGAAGGGGCCACUGUUCUCAGAGAUAGUUUAUUGUCUGCCUUGAGAACUUACAAGCCCUUUGAAGACCUGGUUCCGCAAAGUCGAAUUCUGCUGCUGGGUCCAUUUGGAGCUGGGAAAUCUAGCUUUUUCAACUCAGUGAAGUCUGUCUUCCAAGGUCAUGUAACACAACAGGCUUUGGUGGGCUCUGAGGCAGCUGGGAUAUCUAAGAAGUAUAGGACAUACUGGAUUAAGGAUAAGAAUUGUGGUAAAUUCCUGCCGUUUGUGCUAUGUGAUUCACUGGGGCUGAGUGAGAAAGAUGGACUGUGUAUGGAUGACAUACCAAACAUUUUGAAGGGCCACACUGCUGACAGAUACCAGUUUGAGUCCAUAAAGCCAAUCACAUCAAACCAUCCAAACUAUAUUCAUUCCCCAAACCUGAAGGACAGAAUUCAUUGUGUGGCAUUUGUGUUUGAUGCUAACUCUAUUGAAGGGCUUUCUCAUGAGAUGGUGGCAAAGAUCAAAACAAUUCAAAGAGAGUUGAUAAAACAUGGCACAAUGCAUGUGGUUUUGCUCACCCAUGUGGACAGCAUGGAUCUGAUCAUAAAAGGAGAUUUAAUGGACAUAUACAGCUGUGUGCCUGUGAAACUCAAGCUACAGGAAGUCCACAAAAAGCUUGGAUUUGCUCUCUCUGACAUCUUGGUGGUUAGUAAUUAUGUCUCAGAGUGGGAGCUGGAUCCGGUAAAGGAUGUUCUGAUCCUCUCUGCCCUGCAGCAAAUGCUGUGGACUGCGGAUGACUACCUGGAGGACCAGCCUCUGAAGGAAACAUGUUAAAGCUUGUAGGGUGUGUUACUUGGCCAGUUCCCCUGUGGCUCUGUGUGGUUUUGCUGUGUGGUUAGUCUUGCCCUUUAAUUCAUUGGCUAGAUAGAUUUUUCUCCUCACAUUUCCUUCCUUUCUGUUUCUGCCACCCCACACAUCCUUAGAAGAUCGGCACCAGUUCAUUUCUCCCUGUUUUAAGGAGAAAAUCUGGAAAUGAUCAUGUCAGUCUGUCAUUCCCAUUUCUGAAAAAGAAUCGCAUGCUUUAUUUUCAGCCUCUUUUCUCAUGAGAAUAUGCUUCUUUCUUUGGGACCUACAACUGGAUGGGAUCCACACUUGUUCUUAUCACAUGUAAUGCAUUGUAAUUAUAUGCUUCUGCCUUUAUUACUUGACUUUUUGCACUUCCCUUCAUAUUUGUAUUUCUGCAGUGCAGUCAGUGCUAGGUAAAGCCUGGACCUUUUAUACCUAUUGAUUCAGAAACUGGUCUAUGUGUGUUUCCUAUUAUCAACCUGCACACAGUAUCUACUUCAUUGUUAGACAUAAAGAUCACAGAGGGUGUUAAUAUAUUAUAUAUUAUGGUAGUUCUUGGGAAACUCUCUCUUAUUGUCAUAUUGCUGAGAAAGUUUCAUAGUACUUACAUGGCUGUACUGGCUGCCAUUUUCCUCUUCUGUCAUUUUCUUUUCUUCUUCACAGUGCACAUGCAAGUAAACUCAGGAGGGAUUUGGAUCUUCAGUGACCCAACAUUCCUCUUACCUUUGGUUGUUUUCUCUAGAAAAUCAACUGUAAAAAUUGUUUUUUGUUUUUCUUUGAAAGUAUGUUGAAGAAGAAAAUAAAUGUGUAUUUUCUACCUA